GCCUCGGCAGACAGACGCGCCCUUUCCGUCGAAGCGGUGCUUAAGCUUCCGAUGAUCUUCUUGGUGUGGUACGCUCACCUGCCUUCGUCCCUCCUCUUGACCAUCAGCUCUGAACCUCGCAGCUCAUCAAUGCCAUGAGCUGGGGCGAAGAGCGCCGGAUACGCUCCUUCCCUUCAACAGCAUCACAGUAUGAAACUCUCCAUCCACGUUCAUCGCAGCAUCCUUUCUCAGAGGCAUUCCCGCCGCCAUACCGAGUCCUCCUUCUCAUCUCCUUUGGGAUCUUCUGCUGGGGUCUGAACAUUCAGGUACUCAACAGACUUGGCAUAGAUACAGACGACGUCCUUUCGCCUGGCCAGGGUAGCGAUCGCUCUCAUCCCAACAGCAGCAGCAACGAGCUUCCACUGCACCAGACGGACAGUGCUCCAAACCAGCGAAGGCGAGCCCAUGCUGCGCCUGCAGCAGCUCCCACGUCCUUGCGAGCUCACAAGAGCAUCUACGGCUUGUCCGCGACCCUUGCAGUCUGGACAAUAGCAAAUUGGCUGCUGUUCAGGCAUUAUGUCACCCAACAGGGAGGUGACCCAGCGGGAAGGCAUGCGCAAGCGUUCCAAGGCGUAGCUAUCCUGGCCGUCUUUGUAGCCGGAGUGUGGCCCGGCAACGUCAUAUGGAGAUCCGUUAGGAAACGUUUCGGACAAUCUCUCCUCUCCCUCAUCCUCCCAGCUCCCCUCCUUCUCAAUUCGCCGACCUUUCCGUCCAUCCUCUUGGCAGACGUCCUGACCUCUUUCGCCAAGGUCUUCGGUGAUGUAUGGCUGACGGCAUGCUUUCUGGUCCCGCGCAAAGAGCACCACACUUGGUGGAACGGCCGAGGAAGCUGGGUCGUACCGCUGCUGGUCAGCCUGCCCUAUGCUAUUCGCCUGAUACAGUGUCUGGCAGAGUAUCAGCACACAGGUGCGAGGAAACGGCCCGGUGGUGGCAGUCAUAGUGUCAAAUCGAAGAGACCCCUGGCAAAUGCUCUGAAGUAUGCCAGCGCCUUCCCAGUCAUCUGGAUCAGUGCUAGUCAGAGUUCGAGAGCGGGAGGGGUGCCCAGCGAACAGAAUAGCAACGGACUUUGGUUUGCCUGGCUCUUGUCCAUCCUCAUCAACUCGCUCUUCUCUUACUGGUGGGACGUGACUAAUGACUGGGGUCUCGAAGGCCUCAAGCCAUCUACUUGGUCAUCCCUUACAGCGUCCACAGCGGUCCUGUUCGGCUCGACAAGGCACCAUCCUGCACGCCCAGUGCAUAGAAGAGGUCUGAGUACGUGGCCAGCAGCCCGUGGAGCUGCGUCAGCACACGAUGACGACGCUGAUGGGGAGGACGACAAGUUGCUUGGCAGCAACGGCCUAAAGGGAACAGAUGCAGAUGGCUCGGCAAACCAUCGUCCUGGCCCACUUUCGACGAGAAUCCUGCGUCCGUCUUCUGCUGCAGCCACAGAUGUCCCCUCGACGGCAAUGUUGUUCCCUCCCACGGUCUAUCACCUUGCGAUUCUCCUGGACCUGGUUCUACGGUUCACUUGGUCCCUCAAGCUCUCCCCCCACCUCGCCCAGCUCGUAGAGCUGGAAUCCGGCGUCUUUGUUCUGGAAGUGGCCGAGAUUGCUCGAAGAUGUGGUUGGGUCUUUCUCAGGGUAGAGUGGGAAGUCGUCAAGAGAAAGAGAGCGGGCUGGCUGCUGAAGGAGAGGCGGACAGAAGAGAACUUGGAGAUGAGCUCUGCAGUGAGAGGAGGCCCCGCAGAAGGCGAUGCUCUGUGACGCGCCAUACCCAAUCUCUAUGCAGCAACACUUUCUUUGCUU